AUGGAAAAAGUCACUCAAAAUAUUGAAAAACGGAAACAAGAACACAUUGCAUUGACAUUUGCCAAACCACCUAUGCCAGAGACAAAGAAGAGAUCAAGACCUUCAAAGUUAGAAAUUGCAGUUCCUAGGCAAGAUUAAAGAAAGAAUGCAGAAAGUGAGAAGUCUCCUUAUAUGUUGAUAAACCAGUGUUUAAGAAAAAUUAUCCUAAGGCCAUCCUUUUCCCUAGCUUUCAUUAUGCAGGCUCCAUUCAGUUUUCUUUAUAAUCCUAGAAACCAUUACAUAAUGGCAGAAAGUAAAAGAUACAAUGAUGAUAAAAGAAAAACAAGCUUGAAGAAAAAAUUCAAGAGAAUAAUAAGCCCAGUUGCAAUAAAUUUGGAAUCCAAGGAAAUGAGAGAAGAUGGUAAACCUGAAAUAAGUAAAACUGAUAAAGUUCCAUCAAACUCCUCACAUGAUAGUGAUUUGUUGAAGAAAUCAAAUUCAACAUCAGAAAAAUAUCCAAAAUCCAGCAAUUGUAAGACACCCUUAAAUAUGGAUUCAAGAAAAGAUAACAAAGAUUCAAAGAAUUCCAUAGAGAGCAGUAUUGAAACCAAAUGUGGAACAAACAAUUUGAAUGCAGAUUCCAAUAAAAUCUCUGAGGAAAUUUCAGUUGACAAAUUAGAGACUUACAUAAGUGGUUCAAAUGUGGAUUUGAUGGUCAUUAUAAAUGAUUCUAGGGCUGAUUCCACAGAUUUUGAAGAAUGGUCAAAGAAUUGUUCACAAAACAAUGCAAAGAAGCCUGCAAAGAAGGGAGGAAAGGAAGAAAAGGACUCUGGUGCUGAAUCUGGAGACUCAAAAAAUGCAAGCAAAGAAGGAAAGAAGGGUAAAAAAGAAAAGAAAGAGGGUAAGAAAAAGAAGGCUGAUGCAGAGUCUACUGAAGCUGAAUCUGGAGACUUGAAGGAUUCAAAGAAAGAUUCAAAGAAGGGUAAAAAAGAAAAGAAAGAGGGUAAGAAAAAGAAGGCUGAUGCAGAGUCUACUGAUGCUGAAUCUGUAGACUCAGUGGGCACAAAGAAAAAGAAAAAUGUGAAGAAGGAUGCAAAGAAAGAUGCAGGGUCUACUGAUUCUGAAUCUGAAGCCGGGUCAAAGAAAGGUAAGAAACACGAGAAGAAGGAAAAUAAAGAGCGAAAAAAGAAACCUAUCAAGGACACACAGUCUACUGAUGCUGAUUCUGAAUCUGAAAGCAAUUCAAAGGGUCAGAAGGAUGAAAAGAAGGAUAAGAAAAUUACAAAGAAAGGAGACAAGAAUGCAAAGAAGAAUGUAGAGUUCACUGCAAGUGAGUCUGAAUUGGAGGAAAAGAAAGAUUCAAAAAGUGCUAAAGGUUCAAUGAAAGUGGCCAAGAAGAAUCCAAGAAAGGACACAACAACUAGUGAUUCAACAUCUGAUGCAUAUUUGAAGGCAGGCACAAAAACGGUUGCAAAGGCCUCAGAUACUGAAUCUGAAGUAUCACCAAAAAUUAAGACUAAAAGGAGUACUGAUGAAUCAGAUGCCACAUUCACAGAUUCGAAGAAAGGAACAGCAGAUCUAAAGACUGGAUUUAAAGGACCAUCCAAAAAGACUACUUUCGGGGGAAAAGGGAAAUACACCACAAUGACUAGGAUCCCUGCAAUGAGAGAAAGACCACCACUCCUUCCUUGUGAACCUUUUGUAGCAUCACCUAAGGUCAAACGUUUUUGUCAGUGCCAUGGGCCUCCUCCACCUCCAAAACCAAGAUAUGCUCCUUUGAGUAACUUCAUAAAAAUGGUUACAUACCAUACUUUGGAAAAACCAAGAUUGAAAGCUGAUUAA